GGGGAUCGGCCAUUUUGUUUCGCUCCCGGAGCCGGAGGAGAACGUGGAGGCCUCGGGGGCCGAGCGAGAGGAGGGAUGAGGAUCGAGAAGUGCUAUUUCUGCUCGGCUCCGGUGUACCCGGGCCACGGCAUGAUGUUUGUACGCAAUGACUGCAAGGUUUUCAGAUUCUGUAGAUCAAAAUGUCAUAAGAACUUUAAGAAGAAGCGUAACCCAAGAAAGGUCAGGUGGACAAAGGCCUUCCGUAAAUCAGCUGGCAAAGAAUUGACAGUGGAUAACUCAUUUGAAUUUGAAAAACGCAGGAAUAUGCCAGUCAAAUACCAGAGAGAGCUGUGGUCCAAGACGGUUGAGGUUAUGAAGAGAGUUCAAGAAAUCAAACAGAAACGGCAAGCAAAAUUUAUCACAAACAGAUUGAAGAAAGACAAAGAGCUACAGACAAAGUCAGACAUCACAGAGGUCAAACAGAAUAUCCAUCUUCUCGAAGCUCCUCAUGCAGUGAAGCCAAAGAAAUUGGAACCGAAGUUGGUGCAGACUGUACAAGAAGAUAUGGAGAUGACAGAAGGCUCCUAAUCACAGAAGCUCGUAGUCUAAAGAUGAGAGAUUUUGUGAACUGUUUCCUCUUGUACUGUUGUUGGAUUUUACCAGAAGCAUUGAAUUUAUGGAUUCCAUCUAAUGGUACCAAAAAUCACUUUACUUUAUACUUUUGAGAAAGUGGGAAUGAAGACAAAUUGCCAAUAAAGAAGCCUCUAUUAUUAA